AAAAAUUAUUAUUUAUUAAAAAAAGCAUUCCCUAUAAAUAAUAAUAAUUUUGUAAAAUUUUUUUUUUUCAAUAAUUUACUGGAUUUAUAAUUUAUUAGGCAUUAUAAAAUCAAUUAAUUAUCGAAAGCGUGGUUUUUUUUUUUGCCGCCAUAUUGUUGCCAAUAGAAAAUGGCGUUCGUCUGUCAAUUUUAGUUUUUUUUUUUUUUUACCAGUUUAUCAGUUUACACCGGUAAAAGAAAAAAAAAAUAAAUAAUAAAAUUAACAGUUUUGUAAUGUGUAUGUGAUUUGUUAUUUGUUUUAAAAACAAAAAAACAAUUGUUAAUUGCUGCUUAUAAAUAUUGAUAGAAAAAUUGAUAAAAAAAAUUAUAAAACUAUAUUAUUAUUAAUUAUAUUUGUGUAAUUAAUAAUGGAAAAUAAUCAAUUAUCAGUUGAAGGAAAAAUUCAUGCUUGUUGCAUACCUCUUUGUCAAAAAAGUUGUCCAACUGAACAAGUUUUAUAUUUUCCUUUUCCUCAUCAUGAUCAUGAAUUGUUAAAAAAAUGGAAAACACAAAUUGGAAUUGAUCAAUUGAAACUAACCAAAAAUUCAUAUAUAUGUUCAAAGCAUUUUGUUGAUUCUGAUAUUGACAAUCAUCCAAACAGAAAAAUACCAGUACUUAAAUCAACUGCUAUACCAAAAAUAUUUAAUGGUUAUUCACCAGUUAAAAAAAUAAAUUUAAAAGACAUUGAUAAAAAUAUAGUUUCAAUAAAUAAAAAGAAUGUUCAAAUAAUAAAACUACAACAAGAUAAUAUUAUUGAAAAAAUUGAUGAAACAGAUGAUAUUGAAGUAAUAACACAUAAAAAAAUACCUUCAAAAUUACAAAAACCAUCUGUUUGUUAUUUAACACCAGUUAAACAAAUAACACCAGUUAAACAAAUAACAAAACAACAAAAAGAAACGAAAAAUAAAUCACCAUUUAUUAUGAUUAUACCAAAAUUUGAUAAUGCAAAAACACCACCAUCUAAAGAAAUGGUGCAACCUCGUCACCUAUCAUUAACAAAUAAAGCAAUAUUACGUAUAACAAUUGGUAAAAAAAUUAAUAAUGAAGAAAAACAAGAUAAAUUAAUUGAUAAAUUUCAAACUAAAAAUGAAAAAACUAAUACAAUUGUUACGUAUACAUUGGAUCCAGUUAGUGGUGAUAUUAAAAUCACAAAAGAAAUACAGCCAAAAACAACAACGACAACGACAACAACAAAUGGUGAAGUAGCAAUUAAUAAUCGUAGAAAAAGUCGUAGAAUUUGUCGAUCUAUUAAUCCAUCAGAAUUGACAACAAUUGCUGAUGAAGUUAAAAAAGAUUUAACAAACGUUAAAGCUGAAAAUGAUGAUUUAGAAAAACAUCAUAAAAAUUUAGUACAAACACAUAAAAUGUUAAAAGAAAAAAAACAAAAAUUACAAGAUGAAGUUACAGAAAUGAAAAAUAAAGUUAAACGUACAUUAAAUGAUUCAUCAAAAGUACCAGUUGAUAAUAAAAGAAAAAAAUCUGAAAAUUCAAUUGAUAAAGAACAUUUGCCAUAUGAAACAAGAACAAGAAAAAAAAUUGAAAAUGAUAAUGUUAAAGAUAAUUUACCAUAUGAAACAAGAACAAGAAAAAAAGCACAAUCAAUGAAUAUUAAUAAUUUUUCAACACCUGAAGAUGUUGGUGUUAAUGGAUCACCAACAAAUAAAUUAAAUCGUGAAAAUAUUAUCAACAAAAUUGAAUUUGUUGACAUAAAUAAAAUCAAAUCAGCUGAAAUGAUGGUUAAACUUGAAUAAUUUUCAUUUUCAUUUAUAAAUUUAUAUAUUAAAUAAAAAAGUUAAUAAUAUUAUAUUAAUUAUUCUAUUCUUUUUUUUUUAUACAAGUUGACAUAUGAAAAUUAAUUAUAAUUUGCUUCAAAUUAAGUUAUAAAUAAAUGAAAAAAUAUGGAUAUAUUUAUUUUUCAAUAAAAAAAAAAAUAAUUACUA